AUGAACUCGACCUCGUCAGCCCCCGACCUGGACCCAUGGUCUUUCACGAGGAUGUAUAUCAACGGCGAAUACGUCUCCUCCUCGUCGUCCAACACUUUUACCGUGAGAAAUCCAAAAGACAACAGCGUUGUCGCUGAUGGGAUCCCGAUCGCCAAUUCAGACGAUGUAGACCUUGCUGUAGAGCACGCUGAGGAGGCUUUCCGAGGACCUUGGAGCAAGUUUACCGCAUCGCAGAGAAUGCAGUGUUUACACAGACUGGCCGGGCUUCUGGAAGACCAGCUUAUUCCAAUACUCACUCUGGACUCAAAGACUUCUGGCAAUCCAGUCUCAAUAAUUCCGACGCGCGAAAAGAACUACAUGGUGAACUGCAUUUUGUAUUAUUCGGGCUGGACGGACAAGCAGAAGGGCGAUUAUUUCCCCACCGACGACGGCUUUGUCAAACUCGUUCGACAUGAACCGCUGGGAGUUUGUGCCGCAAUCAAUCCCUUCAACGCACCUAUUGCCACGUUCUUCUUCAAAGCAGCACCGUGUCUGGCUACUGGCAAUGUGCUGAUCGUGAAGCCUUCUGAGAAGACUCCACUGGGAUCUCUCGCGCUGGGCCCAUUAUUUAAGAAAGCCGGCUUUCCACCUGGCGUCCUACAGAUUUUGCCCGGUGAUGGCUCCACUGGGGCACUCCUCGCUCAACAUAUGAGGGUGCACAAGAUCAGCUUUACCGGCAGCAUAAAUACAGGCAAGCUCAUUCAACAAGCUGCCGCCCAAAGUAACCUAAAGCGAGUCACGCUAGAAUUGGGCGGGAAAAGCCCGGCCAUCAUUUUUGAAGAUGCUGACCUCGAUAACGCCCUGAAAUGGACCAUCAACGCCAUAUUGGCACGUUCAGGUCAAGUAUGCGUUGCGGCUACGAGAGUUUACGUUCAGAAGUCCAUUUCCGAAGAUUUCAUCCACAGAUACCUGGAGAUGAUGAAGGCGGCUACCGAUGAUCUGGGCGACCCACAGGACCCAUCUGUUAAGCUCGGUCCUUUAGUUGAUCAAGGACAGCUUGAGCGCGUCUAA